UUCUUUUCUAAUUGUAAGAGCUGAAAAGACAAAGAGAUAUCUAGACCUAGAGCAUCUAGAGAUGUCAAUACCGAACUUGCCUCAAAUAAUGAGAACUGAUAAACUGAAAUAAGAAAUAACAACAGAACCACCAACAUCAACAGAUUAAUAAAAGGUUUAAUAACAAUAUAGUGUUUGAUUCAACUAUUUUGAAUUUGUAUUCAUUCCAAAUAUUAAAUGUACAAAUAGGAUAAUUUUAAUUUUUUUUAUACGGACAAGAUAAUGGAUGAUUUAAAUAUAGAAGAUUUAGAUUUAUACGAAUUAUUGGAAAUAGAUAUAAAUAGUACAACAACUGAAAUAAAAAAAGCAUAUAGAAAAAAGGCUUUGCAAUGCCAUCCAGAUAAAAAUCCUGAUGAUCCCAAUGCGGCAAAGAAAUUUCAGCAGCUUUUAAAAGUACUAGAAGUGUUAACAGAUAAUGCAGCUCGUUCUGCAUAUGAUAAAAUUUUAAAAGGUAAAAAAGAAGCGAAAUUAAGACAUAAGGAAUUGGAUGGAAAACGAAGAAAAUUGAAGGAGGAUUUAGAAGCGAGAGAAAGACAAGCUACUAGUGGAACCUUCAAAGGAAAGUCUCCACAGCAACUUUUAAAAGAAGAAAUUGAGAGAUUAAGGAAAGAAGGUUCAAAGCAAGUUGAAGAAGAAAUGCAAUAUGUUUUAAAUAAAUUAAAAGAAGAACAACAAAGAUCUAAUGAAGGGAAUUGGGAUGGAUCUACACAUCGAAUAAAAAUUAAAUGGCAUGUAAAUAAAAAUGACAGUACGAAUGGAGGGUACACCUAUGAAAUGCUUCAUACAUUUUUAUCAAAGUACGGGGACAUUCAUGUGUUAGUAAUGUCACCUAAAAAAAGUGGAAGUGCAUUAGUAGAAUUUAAGGACAGGAAAUCAGCAGAAAUGGCGGUAGACUUUGAAAUUGGAUUAUCGUCAAAUCCACUUAAAUUGCAAUGGGUGGAUCCCCUCUCGAGAAGUACAGGGACUUCGAAGAGUAGCUUAAUAAAAGAAUCUGAUUUCGAGAGUAUUACUUUGACAAAAAUGAGACAAGCUGAAGAAAGAAAGCGUUUAAUCGCUCAAAUGAUGGCAGAAGAUGCGGAAAUCUAAAUAAGUUGUACAUUUACUUAAUUUAAUUUAAAAUAAAUUAUUCCAUUGUUU